UUCUCUCUCGUUUCACCUAAGAGGAUUCUGUAUCCAAAGAGAAGGUCGUACAGCAGCCUCAUUAGCACUUUGAGGUCAUACAACAGACAAAUGUUCGAAGGUUACAGGAGCCCUUAAUGUACCAUUCCAUGUUUUCAAAUCUCAAAGAACCUUUUUAGUUAUUAAAUAAAAAAUAUGAUUCGUUUUCUAUUUUAUGACAAUGAGAAUUGUCCUUUUUAAUAGUAUCGCGUUGACCCUGCAAUCCUUGAUUCAAGUAAGCCUGGAAUAUGAGGUACCUUCAAGCUGCAGAUAAGGAAAAUCAGUAGGUCAACUUAAAUCUAUGGGUAAGGCUGGCUUAUUACUCAUGCGUGAAUGACUCUGAUUGUUCAUUAUGUUGGGGGGGGGGGGGACAGCUAUUUAGGAGGCUGAUUUUCAGUUUUAUUUAUUUAGAGUAAAACAAGUGGUGAAUUGACAUGGCUGGGUUAGAGGAGCUGAAAAAGAAGCUUACACCUCUUCUCAAUGUUGAGGACUUCUCAAUUGGAACACCCUUGGACCCCUGUGAAUCUUAUAUGGUAUCAGAUGGUGGGACUGUUAACUUGCUAAGCAGAUCCUGUGGAAUAUACAACAUCAAUGAGCUUGGAUUGCAUAAGCGGACAUCUGGACUUAUAGAUGAAAUAGAUGACAGUGAAAAGACAUAUCGAUGUGCUUCACGUGAGAUGCGUAUAUUUGGAGCCAUAGGUAGUGGUGCAAGCAGUGUUGUUCAGAGAGCUAUCCAUGUACCCACUCACAGAAUUUUAGCCCUUAAGAAGAUUAAUAUAUUUGAAAAGGAGAAAAGGCAACAGCUUCUUAAUGAGAUACGGACAUUAUGUGAGGCACCUUGUUACCAGGGUUUAGUGGAAUUCCAUGGAGCAUUUUAUACCCCUGACUCAGGACAAAUAAGCAUAGCUUUGGAAUAUAUGGAUGGGGGGUCUCUGGCGGAUGUUUUAAGAGUGCGAAAAUGUAUACCAGAACCAGUUCUUUCAUCUAUGGUUCAAAAACUCCUACAAGGACUGAGCUACUUACAUGGAGCACGAUAUUUAGUUCACAGAGACAUUAAGCCUGCAAAUUUGCUUAUGAAUCUCAAGGGGGAGCCAAAGAUUACUGAUUUUGGCAUAAGUGCUGGUUUGGAGAAUUCAGUGGCAAUGGUCAGUGAUUUGUGGUCCUACAUUUAUUGUGCUACUUUCGUUGGAACUGUUACAUAUAUGUCCCCUGAGAGAAUUCGAAAUGAGACCUAUUCUUAUCCAGCUGACAUUUGGAGCCUUGGACUAUCUUUAUUUGAAUGUGGUACCGGAGAAUUCCCAUAUACUGCUAAUGAAGGACCUGUUAAUCUUAUGUUACAGAUAUUGGAUGACCCAUCACCAUCACCAUCUAAAUACUCACUUUCACCAGAAUUCUGUUCGUUCAUUGAUGCUUGCUUGCAAAAGGAUCCAGAUACAAGACCAACAGCGGACCAGCUUCUUUCACAUCCAUUUAUUAAAAAGUAUGAGAACGCCGGAGUAGACCUAGCAGGAUUCGUUCGAAGUGUUUUUGAUCCAAUGCAAAGGAUGAAGGAUUUAGCAGAUAUGCUUACUAUGCACUACUACUUACUUUUUGAUGGACCUGAUGAGCUCUGGCAUCAUACAAAGAACUUGUAUGAUGCAUCUUCAACAUUCAGUUUCUCGGAGAAAAUAUCUAUUGGCCCAAAUGAUAUUUUUGCAACUUUGUCAAACCUUCGGAGGUCAUUAGUUGGUGACUGGCCCACUGAAAGACUUGUGCAUGUUGUGGAGAAACUUCAGUGUCGCGCACAUGGUCAAUAUGGAAUUGCAAUUCGUGUAUCGGGGUCGUUUAUAAUUGGGAACCAGUUCCUUAUAUGUGGAGAAGGAGUGCAAUUAGAGGGAAUGCCCAAUUUCGAAGAUCUUUCACUUGACAUGGCCAGUAAAAGGAUGGGAACCUUUCAGGAGCAGUUUGUGAUGGAGCCGGGGAGUGUUAUUGGACGCUACUAUAUAGCAAAGCAAGAGCUUUAUAUCGUCCAACAGUAAAAUUCCAUAUUUUCUCUCUUCUCCAAUUAUAUCUAUUUUGCAGAUGGAUUUAUCCUUUUAUUAGGCUCGUGUACCUUUAAUGCUCUGCAUGUUUGGAGAAUGGUAUGAAACCCCCAGCAUAUUAAAGCAUUUGCUAUCCUGAACUCUGGGAACAAUUGUUGUAUACUUUGUCACUGAACCACUGAACUAUGCCCCUUUGGGUUGUUGACACUUGACAAUUGUGUGUUAUAAGUAACACUAUCCAUUCAGGAAAAGGUGGACCUUUGAUUCAUGAACAAGAUUAUUGUUGA